GACUCGGACUCGGACUCUCAAAAGUCUCUAGGGUGUUUCCCUUUCCUCUUUUUAUCCCUCUUUCAGUCGUCUCUUCACUCUCCUCUCCACUCUCUCCCUCUCUAUCUCCCUUACAUCAACAGCAGCAGCAACAACAAUGGUUUUCGAAGUCGGCUUCGUCCCUUUCAACCCAGACGGUUGGGGCCCACCCGAAACCACCACCACCGCAACCACCGUCCCCAGCAACGUCCCCUUCGCCCCCUUUUCUCGCUCCGACAAACUCGGCCGAAUCGCCGAUUGGACUCGCAACCUCAACAACCCCUCCAACCGUCGCAACAACAACAACCCCAACGACUCCGUCUUCGACUUCUCCGGCGACGACUCCUUCGCCGCCACCGCCGAUGACGACUCCUCCUUCCGCCUCGUCGACGGUAAACCCCCACCUCGCCCCAAAUUCGGCCCUAAAUGGCGCUUUCACCACCACCACAACAACCCAUCUCGCCAUCUCCCGCAACGCCGCGACGAAGAGGUCGAAGCUCGCAAGCGCGAAGCCGAGAAAGACCGCGCUCGCCGCGACCGCCUUUACCACAACAACCAUCGCAUUGGCGGUGGUCAGCAUCAACGCCGCGAAGCCGCAGUCUUCAAAUCUUCCGUUGAAAUCCAGCCUGAGUGGAAUAUGCUUGAGCAGAUCCCUUUUUCCACCUUCUCCAAGCUAUCCUUCGCUGUUCCUGACCCUGAAGAUCUUCUGUUCUGCGGGUCUCUGGAUUCGUAUGAUAAAACAUAUGAUCGCCUUACCCCAAAGAACGAGCGGAGGUUGGAGAGGUUUAAGAAUCGGAACUUCUUCAAGGUUACCACCACUGAUGAUCCUGUGAUUCGGAGGUUGGCUAAUGAGGAUAAGGCUACUGUAUUCGCUACUGAUGCUAUACUCUCGACUUUGAUGUGUUCGCCGAGAAGUGUUUACAGUUGGGACAUUGUUAUUCAGAGGGUUGGGAAUAAGCUUUUCUUUGAUAAGAGAGAUGGGUCUCAGUUGGAUUUAUUAUCUGUUCAUGAGACUUCUCAGGAGCCGUUACCGGAGUCAAAAGAUGAUAUUAAUUCUGCUCAUUCAUUGAGUGUUGAAGCUGCUUACAUUAACCAGAAUUUCUCUCAGCAGGUUUUGGUUAAGGAGGGGAAGAAGGUGAGCUUCGAGGAGCCGAACCCAUUUGCGAAUGAAGGAGAAGAGGUUGCUUCUGCUGGGUAUAGGUAUAGGAGGUGGAAGCUUGAUAGUGAUAUGUAUUUGGUUGCUAGGUGUGAGUUACAGAGUGUGCUUGAGAGUAAUAAUCAGAGGCAGUUUUUAACACUAAAUGCUUUGAAUGAGUUUGAUCCUAAGUAUUCUGGGGUUGAUUGGAGGCAGAAAUUGGAGACUCAAAGAGGUGCUGUUUUGGCUACUGAGUUGAAGAAUAAUUCUAAUAAGAUGGCUAAGUGGACUGCUCAGGCGCUUUUGGGUGGCGCUGAUAUGAUGAAGUUGGGGUACGUUUCGAGGGUUCAUCCUAGGGAUCAUUUUAACCAUGUCAUUCUCGGUGUUGUUGGGUAUAAGCCUAGGGAUUUCGCGUCUCAGAUUAAUUUGAACAUGGCUAAUAUGUGGGGAAUUGUUAAGAGUAUUGUUGAUUUGUGUAUGAAGCUGAAUGAGGGCAAGUAUGUGCUUGUUAAGGAUCCUUCCAAGCCCCAGGUUAGGAUUUACGAGGUGCCUGCUGAUGCUUUCGAGAAUGAUUAUGUUGAGGAGCCAUUGCCCGAGGAGGAGCAAGCUCAGCCUCCUGCUGAAGAUGCUGCUAAUGGUCUUUCUUCUGAGAUUAGUGUGGCUGCCACUGAUGUGGAGGACAAGGAGAUUACUGCAAUUCCUUAAGAAGGGUUCCUUCUUAUGCUUGUUUUACUUCCUCCUCUCCUGCAGUAUCAUUUUUAGGAUGCUCAUAUGCUCACUUUUGUCCCUUUUUGGCGCUUCAGUUUAGCUGGGAUUUUGGUCAACUUUUUAGCUAUGGAGUAAUUUUAUUGCAGCUGGUGUUUUGUUCGUUUAUUUCCUUUUAGGAAAUUCUCUAAAUUUCAUUGCCUUUUUUGUUGUUAAUCUUUCAAGCGCUUUAGUGAUUUGAAAUUUUUUAGUUGCUUCCUGCCGAGGAAUUCUAAGGGGUCAUUUGGUUAACAUAGUAAGUGAAAGUUCACAUGAAAUUCUAAGGGCUUUUCUACACACUAACCCUCUUAAUUUCACUUUUCUACGUUGUGGCCGCAAGUACAUUUAGUAUUCAUAUAGUAACCUUGUCGUUGUUCCGCCGUUA